AUGUUUGUUGAGCUUAUCCAGACAGACGUGGAUUCUGGGGCGUAUGCAUGGGCAAUUCUGCACGUAAGCGCCGUCACCAGCCCGGGCAACAUCCCCGAUGUCCAGCAUGCGCUGGCCGAAAUGCGUCGGACAGACUCACGCAUCAAUUUCGUGGCGUUGUAUGCAGACACUGGGUCCAUGUUGUUGUGCCAAAGUUACCAGCUAAACAUGCUUUCCCCGGACUACAUCUUCAUCGUGGCAUCUGGCUGGUGGAACCCUGGCUUCAUCCUGGAGAGGGCAGGUGCCGCGGAUUGUCCUUGCACUCCAGAGGAGUUGCACCGUGCAGCAUAUGGUAUGUUGGCACUGGAUCGCGGUCCUAUGCAACAAACAAAUGAUCUGCAUGAACUCUCUGGUGUGCGACUUGCAGACAUCUAUGCAAACUACACGGCCGAGUGUAGUGGCUUUGCAAACGGCAACGGACCUUGCAACCACCAGUGGGCUGCAUACUUCUACGAUGGCUUGUGGUUGAUUGCGCAUGUUCUGCAUGCUUAUUUGGUAGAUGGAGGGAGGUCAAUAUCCGAUCUGCGAACUGAAGCCUCGCGCCAAGCCCUUUACGAUUUGUCACUUUCGACAGACUUCGUCGGCCUGACUGGACGGGUGCGGUUGUUCAACUCCGUGGAUCCAACUACAACACCUCCCUCACAUGGAGAUCGGGAAGGAAUCAUCCUUUUCCGCCAGGUGUCUUGGCUAAGGUCAAAGGCAAAUGCCUCUGGUUCAUCAUCUUGCAUGCAAAAGCUGUGCAGCUCUCGCAUGAUCCGGACUAAGGUGGUCGGAAGCUACGACAAUGCCUUUAAUGAGCUAGCCUACCGGACAGAUUCUGGAAUAGAGUUCAAGGCAGACAUCGCUUGGAGCCCUGACCCCUUGCACCGCCUUUCUUGUAGCACUGGAACUUGUGAUUUAUCUUCCGGGCAUGUGCCGAAAGAUCGCGGAGAUAGUUGCCCAGAUGGAACAGUGUUUUCCAUCGAACUUGGUUGCAUCCAGUGCCCCCCUGGUGAGUAUGCCACUAGCGGGAUGCAGGAAUGUGGCGAAUGUGCACCGGGGUCCUUCACAGACCAGCCCGGAAUGGCAGGCUGCACUUUGUGUGGUGCUGGUACGAAAGCGCCAUUCCCGCGUGCAUCGUCGUGCCAGGAUUGUCCUGCAGGCCAGUACAUGGACGAACGGGGCGCUUCCCAAUGCAACAAGUGCCCGCUGGGGCAAUAUGCAGAAAAUGACGGCCAGCAGCAAUGCACCAUGUGCCCUCCCGGCCAGACCACAAGUUUUGAGGGCGCUGCAGAGCUGUCCGUUUGCACCUGUGACGGCUUCUAUUACCAGCAGCAGUGCAUCAAAUGUGCCUUCGGGACACGCUUCGACGCGGGGUCCUGUGUGAGAUGUGAUCGCACGCAGAUUUGCGAGAAUGGCUUGGUUACAGGCAAUGCCACGACGGACGAGGAAUGGGGCAUCACCAUCGACACGGCUGGCCGGCAGCGCACGCUUUCACAGAUUAUGACGAACGAGUUCUUGAUGGUAACCUUGGGUAUCGAUGUGGCAAAGCACAAGAGGGUGAUGCAGGAUGCAAUGACCCUUUUUGAAGACACCCUCGAGGACAUGCGCAUGGGGAACCCGCAGCUGCAGAUCAUUCCAGCCCCUAGCGAUGAUGUGCGUGACACCAUCGAAAACGAAUUGACACAGAGGAAGCUGGCGAUGUAUGCGCUGCUGAAUGACAAUGUAGACUUGUCUACAGACGUCUCGGAUUCAGUGCUCCAGUCUUUGCACAUUCAAAAUCAGCAGCUGUUCGAUCUUUCUAACCAGGUGGUGAGCCUCCUUGUCGAUGCAGCCCAGUCUGCCGGUGCACGCUUGAAUGGCUUGCUUGCAAACACGGCCGGACGCCAGCGGUCUCUCAUUCAGAAGAUGUUGAAAAACGUGUUGUUCGUCGCCAAGAGGGUGGAUGUGGAAUCUAACAUUGAAGAGUUGCGCAACAACCUGGAUGUGUUUGAAGCCAGCCACAGCGCCAUCCUCCGCGGUGCAGAGUGGGCCGGCAUUCCUCAGCUGACUCGCAUGUGCACGAUACAUCAAAUGAAGUCGGUCACGUUUUACUACCAGGAAGUCAGGGGUUUGGCUCGCAAGGUUUUCAACGCACGAUCACAGGCCGAAAGCAUUGCUACCGCCUUGCUUGUGGCGAGCAACAUGUCUGCCAACGUCGACCCGCUUGCUGUCGCAAUGAGCGAGGCAGUCAAACUUUAUGUGAAUGACCCUGGCGACUGUGACCCCUUGGCGACGAUCACCGACAGUGAGUGGGCCAAAUUGAUAAAUGGUCUCGCUGAGCAACAGAUCACCAGUCAGAAGAUAGCGCGGCUUUACAUGCAAGUCGCGAACAAUGUCAUGGUCGAGCAGAGCAAGGUAGACCUCGCUGUGGAAGUCACCAGCAAUACGCAGAGUCUCAUAGACUUGCUGGAGGGCAGCCAAGCCAAUGGAAUGCCAGCUCCCCCGACACAGGAGAUGGUAGAUGGCUUCGUUGCUGUGGCGAACGAAUGGUCUAUGAUGUCUUCUGUGUUCAAUGAGGCUAUAAGUCUGGACCAGAUUCCAGCAGUGGAUGUGGCACGGAUUGCUAUCCUCACAGAGACGUACCAGCAUGAGAUGCACGACCUGUUGUUCGAAGUGGAGCAAUCCGCGCUUCGAGCCGGCAGCACCCGCCCACUGCUUCUCCUUGAUGUGAUUGCAAUGCAGCAGGUCCGCAUUCAGGAGAUACCGAGAGAUGCUGCUUUGAUCCACUUUGGGUAUGAGGUGGCCGCGAUGUGGGAGAGGCUCAACAGUACCACUCGAGAAUUCCAUCGUUCACACAGGGAGCUCAUGUUGGGUACAUCAAGCACGCAGCAGGGAACACACCGCUUGCUACAGACUUCAGGGUCCAUGGGCAUGACAUUGAAGCGUGUUUCCAACGUCUGCCUGGUUCGUGCACUGCGGUUAGUGGAGGAUGAGUAUUCGGCCAUGGAGAUCGCCGCCUACCAAGUCGCACGCGGUGAUAGUGGAGCCUUCCAGACGGCGGAAAUGUACGCGACAGCCGCGAACGACCACAUGGUCGAGGCGGCUGUUGGCUUGGAGAGGUAUUACGACAACUUCAAUGUGACUUGUGAUGAUGUGGACUUGCCUGGCGAAGAUUGGCAGCUCCUGAUGGAGGAGGUCUAUGGCCUCUGUUCCCUCACGCAGAGGGCCGUCGGCGAGUUCGUUUUACAGGACCAAGGCGAGAUUUUGCCUGACGUGUUAGAGCGUACUGUGGAAGCUGUGGGGACCUCCUUCGAGAGCCUCAUGCUUGGAAGAUCAAUGCCCCACCUCCCGGCGCAGCCCAAUCAGGAGGUGUUUUCAGAUGUUCGGGAUCUGGACUUCUUGGUGACGGACUUCCUGGACGCCAUAACAAGCCAGACCAUGUCGGGGCUGUCUGGCUUGGCGUCUUCCCUGUGCAAGGCGACAGGUGAUCUUGGAGAAAAGUACCUUCAAGGAGGCUUCGCCGCUUCGGGUUCGAAUUGGCCCGGUCGACGGACGCAGGCACUUUUCCAGCAGAUUGAGCGUUCCAACAUGGUCUUCAGCUCGAUGGUCCAGAACGAAGCCACUGCCAUGUGGGAGGCCAUAAACCGUUUCGAGACUACACAUGCCAACCUCCUCAAUGGAGGUGGGGGCUUGCCGGCCAUACUGCCAGAGCGGCAGGACAUGAAGUUGCAGUGGGAAGCCAUCGAGAGCGCAUGGCAGGCCUACAAGCCGGCUGUCACUUCGGGCCAGGGUACUGGACAGAUCACAAUGACCUUGGACGCCGUGCAGGCGGAACUCCGUGCAGCAGUGCCGAUCUUCAGCAUUCCCGAUGUGGUGAUCGCAGAGACGUCGCCAUGGAGUCUGGGUUGCUAUUUUUUCCAGUGUUUCUCUUGUCUGCAGUUUGUUGUUGUUGGUGGCGGUGGUGGCAGUGGUUGUUUGUUACUGGUUUGUUGGUUAUUGGUGGUGGUCUGUUGGUUGUAG